AUGUCUACAACUUCUUCUAGUGCAAAUCCAACGAGAGAUCGACUUCAUUCAACCAGAGAGGUACUGAAGAUUGUCAGAACUCAGUCUGUUUUCAUGGAGCCGAAGCAGAUGUCUUCACGUCAACUAUCGAUCUCAACUGAUGUUGAUUUCGGCGUUGCCGCAUGCUACAUAUCCCAUAUGACGCUCAACGACGAGCUGCACGCGUGCUGCCUGAAGCGGUUAAAUGUUGGCAAGGCCUUGUUCCUCGAUGGCGUCGAUUUUGGCGGUUGCCUCUGCACCGCAGUUGAAGUCGUGGCGAUGCCGAGAGAAGUUGCAGUCCUCACGAAGGCUCUCCCCUUCUGCGUGGGCCAUGGGUUUGACCUCCACCGGCUCAAAAAACCUCGUGUGGACUCUCUUUUGCCUGCGUCUGUUCAUCGAGUUCCAGUCUGUUUUGCUCGUCCACCGUCUUGUGCUCAACCCUCUUCUUUGUUCAGCCUUUGCUUCAUCUGUAUUAUGGCAUCCAGCAGAAGCCAGAAUGGGAUUCAACUCUUACUAGCUGCAGAGCAAGAAGCUCAGCACAUAGUAAAUGCUGCUAGAACUGCAAAGCAAGCCAGAUUGAAACAAGCAAAAGAGGAGGCUGAGAAGGAAGUUGCUGAGUUCCGUGCCCAAGUGGAGGCUGAUUUCCAGAGGAAGCUAGCGGAGAGUAGUGGGGACACAGGUGCUAAUGUCAAGCGCCUUGAACAAGAAACUGAAGAAAAGAUCAAACACAUUAAGACAAAGGCUUCGAGGAUCUCUCCUGAUGUUGUCUCCAUGCUUCUGAGGCAGGUCACCACAGUAAAGAACUAAGUAUUGGUCAAGCUGAGUGAAUUUCAUCAGGAGUGAUGUGGGUUUUCUUCUAGUUCUGUACCAUAUUUUUCAUUUCUUGUUGGUGCAGUUGUUUCGAUUUAUUACAAAAUAAAGUUACAGCGAUUAUAUUUCUCCAUGAGCUCCUCUUAAGAAGGAAACUCUGAUGAAUGUCAAUUUAUAUUAGUGUAUAUUGUAUGCUGUUGGUGUUGGGUUUAUGAAACUGAGAUUUGAUGUCGUAAUAUCCUUUGUGGAAUUUUCAUAUGUUAUUGCAACUUUCUUGGGUCGAGUCAACUAGAUCUUGUUGUUUUUCUCAAUUUUUUUUUCUCCUACAAAUAAAUCUCAUGUUCGUCGUGCAAAGAAG